ACGCAAAUCGGGGCGCUCUGGCGUCUGUAUGUUCGCCAUCGAUUGUAUCAAACAGAAUGGCACACAUUUGGGCACGUGCAUUGAUCGCUUCUAUUUCGGUUCGUGUUGUCAACUGAAGGACGACGCGGCGCUUUUCGCUCCUGAAAUCAGUGAUAAUAGCAUCGACCAAAACACAAUUUCACAUUUUCCACACGAGUCGACUACACUGCCCACCAGCACAUUAUUCAAACUCACCACUGCCGAUCCACAUCACACAGUACAAAGUAGCAGCAACAGCAUUAGCGAAACGGUGCGAAAUGUCACACAGAGCUACAUCACGACUAGCAGCCCAAAGCCAGUCAAAUUGAGCACAACAUUGGCACCGAAGCGUCCACCAGCACACACCACACAUAAAAAUUCUCAAUUUGUUGUACGUACCACUGCCAAGCCCACUGUUGCACCUACAACAAUUAAGCCACCACGACGCAAAACUACCAUAGCACGGCCAGUACUCACCACAACAUCUAGGCCCCAAGUCGAUACGCGCGAAGAGGUGACUACACAACCAACGAAAUUCGUUACAUUUCAAAUAGUUGAGACCACUACACCAACACCUACGGAAGUCAAUUUUAAAUUAGAUGAAGUUUCAACUACAAAGCGCCCAUUACUCACCACGCACCGUUAUCGGCCACGGCCAACUACCACCGAAGUGCCCACGCAGUUCAUAACUACAACAAUAAAGCCAGCUGAGCCAGCUAGAACAACGACUCGACCGAGACCUUUGAUUACACGCCGGCCUACCACCUCAAGUAAGAAACCCGCACAGACAAGACCACGUCCAACGGGUACGGUUAAACCAACCAGACGUCCGGUGGAUAAUAAUGCCAAUGAAGCAGUUAAACCCACUUUCACAAACAUAACCUCAGCGCCCAGUGGUACGGGUGCAACAGUACAUCGUCGACCAGCACCUACGACGGUGGCAACAACAACAUUGAAUAAUGAUGAGUUACUCACCACAAUGCAGGAAACAAAGGUGCCCACACUUAGCGAAACGGUGCCACAAACGACGCAUGCGCCCAGACCUCGACCCAAGCCCACAGCUGAGGUGGUGAAAGUGCCCAAUCUAACAGUGAGUGCAAGCACUACAACAUUUGCACCAGCGACAACAACAGUAACUACAACAACUACCACCAGUGCACCGAUUUUCAACAGAACUACUGCCAAGCGACCAACCACUACAACCGGGCCCACAAGAACGAAACCAACGGCGGCGAGCACGAGCACAAGCACUACAACAACAACGACAAAGCCAACCACGCCGAAGCCGCACAAGACAACCACUACCACUACAACUACAAAAGCGCCCAUUAGCAGCACCACACCACAAUCGGCAACACUUACCACAGAGGCCGCUAAAAUAGAGCCACCACAGGUUGAAAUGACAACAACAACUCCCGGUUUGAUAACGUGGACGAAUGUUGAUAACGAACCGACGACUAUAAAUGCCACCAUUGAAUGGGGACCAGGGCCAACUAUUUCGGAACUGGACAUUAGCAAUAAAACUGCAGGAACUAUAACCGCAGGCAACGGCACAUUAUUCUCGACAGUUUUCACAACAGCAUCACCCGCCACCAGUACCCUCAUAUCCGUUUCAACCAGUAUUAGUGAAAUAUUGAGCAACAUAACCUCAAUAAUGCCCAAGCCUGAGCGUCCCUCAUCGGUAGUGAGUACUCGUCCACCAAAACCAAAGCCGACUAAAACAACAGAGAGCCCAACGCCCAGCACAACAACUACAGCUAGCACCAGUACUUCUACAACAACAACUACAACUACAACAACUGCCAAACCUAAACCAAAACCAACCAUUCCCUCUACAACCACGACGUCCACUUCUACGAGUACUACAACAAGAGCACCCAGCACCACCACGACAACAACUGAGCCGUCUAUUGAAUUGGAGGAAUCCUCCUCGACGACGAGCGCCGAAUAUAGCACAGAAGGUUUCUCAACAACAGGCGGUGGUAUCUUUGGCACAACUGAGUACAGCACCGAGGAUUUUAAUAACACUCUGACGUCAUCCACAUCUGCGCCAGCAAACACACUGGAAGGCAUGGACUACAGGCAAAUUUGCGGUCGCCGCAUGUUCCCCGAACCACGCAUUGUGGGCGGUUCGAAUGCCGCCUUUGGACGUUGGCCGUGGCAAAUAUCUCUGCGCCAGUGGCGAACGUCAACCUAUUUACACAAAUGCGGCGCUGCGUUGUUGAAUGAGAACUGGGCCAUCACGGCGGCGCAUUGUGUGGAAAAUGUGCCACCAUCCGAUCUGUUGCUACGCAUGGGCGAAUACGAUUUGGCAGAGGAAGAGGAGCCGUACGGCUACCAGGAACGACGCGUACAAAUUGUGGCUUCACAUCCGCAAUUCGAUGCGAGAACUUUUGAAUAUGACUUGGCGUUACUGAGAUUCUAUGAGCCAGUAGUCUUCCAACCCAACAUCAUACCCGUUUGUGUGCCCGGCAGUGAUAUUGACUUUGUCGGCCAGACGGCCUUCGUCACCGGUUGGGGACGUCUCUACGAGAAUGGACCGCUGCCAAGCGUGCUGCAAGAGGUUGCUGUGCCAGUCAUCAACAACACCAUCUGCGAAUCCAUGUAUCGGGCGGCCGGCUUCAUUGAACACAUACCACACAUCUUUAUCUGUGCUGGAUGGAAGAAAGGUGGCUACGAUUCCUGUGAAGGUGACUCUGGCGGUCCAAUGGUGCUGCAGCGCGAGGAGGAUAAACGUUUCCAACUGGGUGGCGUCAUUUCGUGGGGUAUCGGUUGUGCGGAAGCCAAUCAGCCAGGCGUCUACACGCGCAUCUCUGAAUUUAGAGACUGGAUUAAUCAAAUUCUGCAAUUCUAAACU